AUGGAAGGUAAUUAUUCAUCUAUAAAUGAACCAGAAAAGGUUUCUUGUAAAGAUAGGUUUUUACGCUUUAUAAAACGCAGUGGAAGAAUACUUAAGUUAAUUGUUUUGUAUCCAUUCAGAAAAAGAAUGUGCCACAAGAGGAACGAAGUUAACAAUGGAAACAAUGUAAAAAAGUUAAGCUCUUUCAAAGAUAAGGGAGAUAUAAGUACCAAAUGUAGUUUUAAAAUAGGUAAAAGGGCACCAAAGGCUAAAAUAUGCCCGCUCCUGAACAAUAAACUGUAUAAUCGUAGCAAUUCACUGAGUACUGACGAGUCGAUCAGUAACAAAGAUAGGUGUAAUAAAAAUAGGAAACUGGCGCAAAUGAGAUUAUCUAUCGCAUCGAACGUCGAAGAUAGACAGAUGUUUAAGAGCUGUAACAUAAAAGAUUUCGUAAUUGGAGAAACAAUCGGCACUGGAUCCUACGCGACGGUAUGUAUAGCAAAGUAUACCAGUGGCUGCAGAGAAAGGAGAGAUGACGCAUUAGCAGAAAGAGGUGAGAGUAACGAAAGCACCGCAAGUAGUGUCGCCUGGCCUGAUAACACAGGGUUGUAUGAAAACCACAACGGCACGAAUCUAUUUGAGGAGCAAUAUAAGAAGAUUUACUCGGGAAAAAAAUUGGAAGCCACUAAGAGUGGAGGGCACAAAGAACAAAUGGUUGCAGAAGUUGGAAAGGGUGGAGUAGAAGAACAGAAGCCACCAGGGUCUAUAGAUAAAACGGACCCGUCAGAUGUAAUAGAGGUGGUGAAUAGCACUGAUGAACUGGAAGGUGCAGAAGUAACUGAAGGUGUCAAUGGUGGGCACGAGGCAGAUGAUGUCGACCUAUAUGUGGUAGAUACGCCAGAUAGCAGAAGUCACCCAUACGGUGGUAAGAAAGAAGAAGAAGUCAUAGAAGUAGACGAAAUAGUAGAUGCCAUCGAUGAAGUGGCCUUUAUAGAAGUGGUCGAAGACGCAGACGCUGUGGAUGAAUCUUCCAAUGGAGUUGAGUGUGAUAAGCUUAAUCAAUUAGAUGGAGGCUAUUUGAAGAGUAUGGACAAUACAGGCUAUUUGAAGAAUGUGGAAAAUACAGGUGAUAUGAAGGGCGCGCCCGCAGAGGAUCUAGUAAACGAUGCGAGUGGAGUGAGGGAAGCAGUUGAUAAAAUAGUCGCCCUGAAAAUCAUCAACAAGAGCAAAAUCGUCACGAACAAGCAGAUGCUGCACGUCAAAAGCGAAAGCCAAAUACUGGGAUUCGUAAGACACCCCUUCAUCGUGGGAUACCUGGGCAGGUUCCAGGACUGCCACAACCUGUACUUCGUACUCGAGUUCCUGGGCGGAGGAGAGCUGUUCACGUACCUGAGGAAGUACGGACGCUUCUCGAAGAGGACAGUGCAGUUCUACGCCUCCCAGGUGCUCAUGGCCCUCGAGUACCUGCACCGCAACGGCGUCGUCUACAGAGACCUGAAGCCGGAAAACAUCAUCCUCGACUUCGAAGGAUACAUACGGCUGGUCGACUUCGGCUUCGCGAAGGUGAUAAGCGACGAGGGGAGGACGUGGACGGUCUGCGGAACCUACGAGUACCUGGCGCCGGAGGUGUUCCUGAAGAGGGGGCACGGCUUCCAGGCGGACUUCUACUCCCUGGGCGUGCUCCUGUACGAGCUGCUGGUGGGCGUGCCGCCGUUCUACGCCCCGGACCCGCAGGUCACCUACAAGCUCGCGCUCAACCACCAGAUCAAGUUCCCCAAGCACCUGUGCAGCAGCAGCCGGGGCCUCAUAAAAAACCUCCUGGAAAUUAACCCGGAGAAGAGGCUGGGCGCCAACGUGAACGAGGUCUACGUGCACGACUUCUUCAGCGGAAUCGACUUCAACAGGAUUCUCCUCAAGGCCGAGAGCUGCCCGAUCCUUCCGUCGUACGGGGGCAGCGACGACGUCAGCAACUUCAUCAAGUACCCGCAGACGUGGAGGGGGCAGAAGGGGGACCUGACUGCCGACCAGCAGGACCUGUUCAAAGUAUUGCGACGCGAUUUCUGCCAAAUAAUUUUGUGGUCAGAGCAAGUGGAAAUGUGUAUGUUGUAUUUUGUAUGGUCUGUGGAUCCAUGUGAUGAAUCCAUCCUAGAAACUUAA